UUAAUUGGUUUUUAAUUUACAUGAUUAAAAUCUGAGCUAACACUCAGUAAAACCGGUAGCAAAACGUGGUGAUCCGACAAUUCAAUUUGGUGUUUAAAAAUUACCAUAAUCAAAUAACAACUUAUUAAAAAUGACUGACUUUAGCGGAAAUUAUAAACUAACCUCGUUCGACAACUGGGAGGCCCUGCUCCGGGAGCUUGGUGCCAGCGAGGAGGUGAUCGCCAAAUUGAAUUCAAACACAUCGGAUCUGACCAUAACUCAAAACGGCACCACUUUUACCCUGAAGAAUGUCAGCCCAAACCACACCCGAGAGGUGACGUUUGAGUUGGGAAAGGAGUUUGACGAGACCCGCGCUGAUGGCAGUGUUGUCAAGUCUGUAGUGACCGCUGAUGAUAAUAAAUUGAUCCAGAUACAAAAGGGCGAUAAAGAGUUGACAAUCAUCCGGGAACUGGUGGGCAAUGAGCUGAAAGUGUCGGCCACUGCCGGGGCUAGCGAUAAGAUAAUAAACCAAAUGGGUUCAUUAACUUACGAGCUAAACAUUACUAAAGCUGGUCCGGUGUACACCUUGAAACAAGUAUCACCCAAUUUUACCACGGAGACAAAAUUUGAGCUGGGUAAAGAGUUUGAUGAGCAGCAUCUCGAUGGUUCCACCGUUAAGACUGUGCAUUUUGCCGAUGGUAACAAAUUAAUCCAGACCACUAAAAUAAACAAUAAAGUGAUGAAGGUUGUUCGUGAAUUUAGUACUAGUAGCGAACUCCAUGUGACCGCUACUUAUGGUUCGGUAGUCUCGAUCGCUACCUAUAAGCGAGAGUAG